AUGACUAGCAAUAAAAUUGCUUCCGAUGUUCCAUCUGGUCUAGAAGCCUUAUUAGAUGAAGAUGAAUUUAUAAUAAAACCAUUUAAUCGAAAUUUAGCAGGAACAAAACCAAAUUCAUUAAACUCACUUUUUUGCAACAGAAUCAUUUUACUGAAUCCUGAUACGAAAAAAGAAGUUGUUGAACUUUAUCAACAUCGUUUACCGUUAUUAUGUUUAGCUUGUUGUCAAGAACAAAUACGUACUGUAUCGUCUGAUAAUGCACAAUUAUUGGGACUUGUUAGACGAGGGUAA